AUGCCUCCCAAAGCCGCUGAGAAGAAGCCCACCACUGGUGGCAAGGCCCCUGCUGGCAAGGCUCCCGCUGAGAAGAAGGAGGCUGGCAAGAAGACCGCCGCCGCUGCCUCUGGCGACAAGAAGAAGCGUGGCAAGACCCGCAAGGAGACCUACUCCUCCUACAUCUACAAGGUCCUCAAGCAGGUCCACCCCGACACUGGUAUCUCCACUCGUGCCAUGUCCAUCCUGAACUCCUUUGUCAACGACAUCUUCGAGCGCGUUGCCACCGAGGCCUCCAAGCUCGCUGCCUACAACAAGAAGUCCACCAUCUCGUCGCGGGAGAUCCAGACCUCCGUGCGGCUGAUCCUGCCCGGUGAACUGGCCAAGCACGCCGUCUCCGAAGGCACCAAGGCCGUCACGAAGUACUCUUCUUCUGCCAAAUAA